AUGUCGAGCGACAUCCAGAACGAGCACUCGUCGCUCCUCACGGGCGAGACGACGUCGGCGACCACCGGCUUGAAGCGCGAUUGGCCCAAGUACGCGGCCGUCGGCGGUGCGCUUGCGACCGCGGCCAUCAUCUACCUCGCGACGGCGGGCCACGGCGCGACCGAGACGACGGCGACCGCGCAGUCGAGCACGGACACCACGCUUCCCGCGACGCCGAUCCCGACGCACCCGGAUGAGAUUGUGUUCCCGACGUCGGCGCCUGUGGCCUCGACGACGGCACCGGUGACGACGACGCCGAUCAACGCGACGGCCGCGUACGCCGAGUUCUUCCAGCACAUGGAGUCGCUCAUGGACGCGAGCGUGGACCCAUGCGACAACUUUUACCAGUACGCGUGCGGUGGCUGGCUCAAGGCGACGACGAUCCCCGAGACCGAGAACCGCGCGGACACGUCGUUCAGCGUCGUCGCCAAGGACAACGAGCGCAUCAUCGGCGAGAUCAUGGCAAGCAAGCCGCCGGUCAUCAACGCCUUCUACGAGGCGUGCCUCGCCGAAGCGGCGAUCGACCCGGUCGCGCUCAAGGCCGUGUCGGCGCAGCUCGCGCACAUUGCGUCCAUCACGUCGGUCGACGCGCUGUUGACGUACGCCGGCGAGCUCUUUGCCAAGGCGUCGACGCCGUCCUUCUUUGAUCUUGGCGUGAGCCCGGACCCGAAGAACACGUCGCUGAACGUGAUCCAGCUCUCGCAGGGCGGGUUGACGCUGCCGUCGAUCGAGUACUACGCGGCGCAAGACAAGUUUGUCUCGCUCCUGACCGAGUACGUCGGUGCGUUCGACGCGAUUCCGGCGUUCAACGACCGUAACGCGACGGCCUUUACGAAGAACCUCCUCGCGUUUGAGACGCAGCUCGCCAACAUCUCGCUUCCGAACGCGGCGCUGCGCGACCCGUGGGCCACGUACAACAAGUUUACGUUGAAGGAGAUCCGCGCCAAGUACCCGCUCGCCGCCGCCUUCCUCCGCGGCGUCCGCGCCGACGUGCUCGAGAUGGACGUGCCAGUCCUCGUGUCGACGCCGGCGUUCUUCGAGGCGCAGACGUCGCUCUUGCGGUCGACGGACCUCCACACGCUCCAGGCGUACGUGAGCUUCCACCUUGUGCACGCGCAGAGCGCGUUCCUCGGCGAGCGCUUCCGCGAGGCGAACCACAAGUUUGGCGCGGUGCUCCAGGGCCUCCCGCUCAAGCAAGACCGCGCCAAGUUCUGCAACAACCUCGUGCAGUCGAUGCUCGGCGAGCAGCUCGGCGACCUCUUCAUGGACAAGGUGUUUGACCGCAAGACCAAGGCGUCGGCGCAGGCGCUCAUCAAGCAGAUUGAAGCGUCGAUGGUUGUCGUCCUCAACGAAGACACGUGGCUUGAUGUCUCGACGCGCAGCAUUGGCCUGGAGAAGGUUGCCAAGAUUGGCAACUUUAUCGGCGGCCCCGACAACGCCACCGCGCUUCCCUUCAACGUGAGCGCGACUGCAUUUUACGACAACGUUGUCAAGCUCCAGACGUACGAGAUGGCCAAGAGCAUUGCGUCGAUCGGCAAGCCCGUCGACGAGACCGCGUGGGGCAUGAACGCGUUCACCGUCAACGCGUACAACGACCCGACCGCCAACAAGAUUGUGUUUCCGGCCGCGAUUCUGCAGCCGCCCUUCUACGACGCCAAGCGCUUUCCUGCGGUUGUCAACUAUGCGCGCAUUGGCAUGGUCAUGGGCCACGAGCUCACGCACGGCUUUGACGACGAAGGCCGCAACUUUGACCCGAGCGGCCAGCUCUCGGACUGGUGGUCGCCGUCCGUGAAGGCCACGUUCCAGAAGAACGCCAAGUGUCUGGCCGACCAGUACUCGACGUUCCCGGUGCUCGGCCUCGACGGCAAGACGCUCCUCGGGCACCUCAACGGCGAGCUCACGCUCGGCGAAAACAUUGCCGACAACGGCGGUCUCAAGCUCGCGUAUUUGGCGUACCUUCGCGCCAAGGCGUCCGAGCCGUCGAUCGCCGAGAUUGGCUACGACGACAAGAAGCUCUACUUUACGGCGUUUGCGCAGGGCUGGUGCGAGAAGCGGUCGGACGCGGCCGCGACGCUGCUCCUCAACACGGACCCGCACUCGCCCGGCAAGUGGCGCGUCCACGGCCCGCUCUACAACUCGGCUGCGUUCGCCGACGCGUUCCAGUGCAAGGCCGGGUCGCCUAUGAACCCGGUGAACAAGUGCAUUGUCUGGUAA